CCGUCUUCGUUCAUACAGCUAAAGAAAAAAGAAAGAGAGAAAACCAUGUCCGAAAGAAGGGCCAGGGUUGUUUCAACGGAGCCAUUGGACACCAAGGACUCCAAAUGGCUCAAGCUAGUGAAAAUCAACUAUGAAGAUGCGCAUGGCAAAGCCCGCACGUGGGAGGCCAUGAAGCGUCCCACUCGCCCGAAAAGCAGCGCCGUGGACGCCAUCCAGAUCCUUGCUAUUCUAGAGAAAUCUACCGGUCCUGAAGUCUUGCUAGAGAAGCAGUUUCGUCCUCCCACCGGAAAGGUCGUAGUCGAGUUCCCCGCUGGCAUGGUGGACGAGGGCGAGACCCCGGAACAAGCUGCGGUCAGAGAGUUGAGAGAGGAGACGGGAUAUGUUGGCGAGGUGAUUCAAGAGCAGGCUGACAGGCCGGUUCAUUGGAACGGUCCUGCAUCGUCUAGCUCCUGUACCUAUAUGAUCAGGAUGAAAAUCGACCUUAACAACGAUCAAAACAAGAGCCCCAAGCCUGAGUUGGAAGAGGGGGAGAUCAUCGAGACUUUCUCGAUACCACUCAAAGACCUGUACUCAGAGGUGAGGAAGCUCAGCGCAGAAGGCUAUGCAAUUGACGGAAAAGUUGGCUCUUUCGCCGAGGCACUGGAAACCGCGAGAGCAUGGCAAGGGCAAUAGUA